UGCCGGUUGGGAAAAUAAAGUUUCAUUUUAAAUUUGAAAACUUGGUGCGCUUGAAAUGGCUCGCUUCUCGAGGAUUCACUUAUUAUUUGGGCUGCUAGUGUUAGCUUGCUGGAACUGCUCUACUUGCGCCCUUUCCUUAGAAGAGAAAUUGCAGAUAUUAACAGAGAAAUUGGAAAUUGUGGAGGCAAAAGUAAAACAUCUAGAGAGUGAAAAUAGUAAACUAAAAACUAAAAAUGAACAGCAAGACUCGAUUUUAACGGAUCUCCUACAAAACAGACGUCAAACCAACGAAGAAUUAAAACUUUCUUCUAACAAUGGUUUACUUGAAAAUCAAUCAAUUGGAAAGAGCGCUGCUAUGCCAAGAACUUGUCGAGAGACCCGUCUCUCCAAUCCAGCGCUGGCUUCCGGCAUGUACUGGAUCGAUCCUGACGGCCAAGGCGUUGGAGAUGAUCCUAUCAGCGUUUACUGUGAUAUGACGUCAGGUUCAACGUCAAUCUUGCACGACAGUGAAUCGCCAAUGAAUGUUGGACACUGCACCGAUCCUGGAUGCUAUUCAAGAGCAAUCAAUUAUAAUGCUUCAACGAGGCAAAUGGCAGCACUAGCAGAGCUUUCUAAUGAAUGCCACCAGUCUAUCAAAUACGAUUGUACCUCGGCACCAUUUGAGGUCAACGGCGUCUCCUAUUCCUGGUGGAAUGACAAAACCGGAAAAGCGAAUUAUUUUUGGUCGGGUUUUAACAGCAGCGUUCACGUCUGUCAGUGUGGCAUCGAUCACAAUUGUGUCGAAGCGUUUAUGCCAUGCAAUUGCGAUUCUGGCCUACCAGCACUCCUAACCGAUGACGGUGUGAUUACCGAUAAAAGUAUACUUCCAAUUACGCGACUGAACUUCGGGAGGACCAUAUUGGAAAGUUCGUCCGGCGUUCACACACUGGGCAGAUUUGAAUGCACCGGACAGGUAGUCGUCAGUGGAAUGCCAUCUUCUUGUGAAGAUCUGUGGCACAUUGGGCACACCUUAAGUGGAUUAUAUGCUGUGAUGGGGAUUGCGAAGGUUCAAAGUAUUUACUGCGACUUUUCAAAACUAUCUAGCGACGCAGGUUUUGAAAAAUGGAUUGGAUUUGCAGACGUUAAAUCCGCGCCUACUUAUUUCUAUGUCCAGAGAAAUAGUAGUAUCUUCAAUGCGACAAAUAUUGCCAUUCCGUUCGAAACUGCUAAACUCAACAUCGGAGGCGCUUUUGAUUUACCGUCUGGAAUUUUCACGGCACCUCGGACGGGCACCUAUUUUUUUUCUUUCAUCGGAUUUCCAGAAUUUCCGACGUCUUCAUCUCUUUUUAGAAUUACGGUAGCUCUUGUUUUGAAUGGUAAUCGAAUUGGGGUAGGGGAAGUUGAAGAAGCCAACUCUAUUUCGAAUCAAAAUGAUCAAGUUUCCCUGCAGUCUACGCUCAGUUUGAAACCGGGUGAUAAAAUAUGGAUAGAGAUUGUAGGUUUGUCAGAGGGGAUGUAUCUGUUUGACGGUAAUAACCAUUACAACCACUUUAGUGGUUGGCUUUUAGAGGAGGAAUUUUCUCUGUCAUAAAUUCUAUUGUUAUCGUUAUAAAUCCGAGAGCAAAUCAAUAAUUUUUAAACCAACAGGUAAACACUAGCUAGUUAGAUGAUUAGCAGAGCUUUGUUAUUAAUAUGUUUUUUUGU